AUGUUUGGUGGAAGUUGGAGGUAUGCACGAGAAAAUAACAGCCCCGAUGGCUAAGUUAAUCUUGGAACGUGGCAUAUAGGAGCACUGGGCAACAAUGGAGGUGGCUCACUCUGGGGCCGAGUCUUUCAGCAGUGGCUUCAGGAAGAAGACCGCCCUUCCACUGGGGCAGCUGGUGGAGGAAACCAGGAAGAAUGCGGAUGUGCCCCACCAUCUCCUGGAAACCAAGAUCUUUGCCAAACUCCAGAGUAAUGAGGUCAUUCUAGCCGAGCCUUCGGUGCUUCACUUCGGUGGUUUUCAGCUAGGGAAGAACUACCAGCAAGUCUUGAAACUCAUCAAUGUUUCCUCGGAGGUGAUAAACAUACACGUUCUGCCCACCCAGACUAAGUACUUUCAGACAAAAUAUUCCAAAAAGUAUCGGCUGGUCCCAGGGCUGGCAUAUACAGUGAAGGUGCACUUUUGCCCAGACGAGUGGCGCUAUUUUUACGAUUGCAUCCGUGUCCACUGCAAGGGAGACGAGAACCUUCUGGUCCCUGUCCAUGCGUACCCCAUCAUCGACGACCUGGACGUCCCACCCCACAUCAGUCUGCCGCCCGUCCCUUUGGGCCAGAGCGUGAGUCGCUCCAUCCCUCUGAGCUGCAGCUGUCCCAUUGACUUUGAGUUCCAGGUGCACCUCAUCCAGCAACACAAGGCCUUUACUAUCCAGCCCUUGUCAGGGGUCAUCCCAGCCAACGGAAAGGUCGGGGUGAUGGUGACAUUCACCCCGUUUGAAUACGGGACUGCCCAAACCACACUGCAGCUGCUCAUUUCCCAGUUCAACUCCAAGCCCUACGUCUGCACCCUCACAGGGACAUCCUCGCCUUACCUGGCCCUCAGUCAGCAGGACAGAGAUGAAGAGCAGGAAUUUGUGCCCCUGAAGGAGUCUCUGGAUCCCCAGUCGAUCUCCCUACUGCACCUGUCCAGGACCAAGAGGAGGCUGAGGCCCACCAGGGUCCCAGCUGAGUUCACGAAGGAGAACGCGCAGAUGGGUCUGAAGCCGGUAGUCAACGUGACAACCCCUGCUGGGGUGGCCAAAAUGCUUAUCCAGCAGACAGACAAGAUGAGGUCCAAAGACCUGAGAGAAGCUAUGUCUCACACCAGGAUGGGCACCCAGUCGAGACAGAUUAAAGAAGCUUUUUUUGAAAACAAAGUUCGCCGGGACAUCCGGGAGGAGAGAGCGAACACUCUGAGAUGGCAAGUUCACCUAGGGAAGGACCCAGUGUCUGCAGAGACCAGAAAGAAGGUUCUGGAAGAGAGGGAGAAGGCCGACCUUGACUGUAAGGUGAAAAGAGAAGCAGGGAGAGAAGGGGACUUCCACCAGGACCAGGCGCAGCUGUCUCUGAGGAGGGUUCUGCGAGAUGCCGGCCAGCUGCCAGCGUAUGUCCCAGAAUUCCAUGCCUAUCCUAGCAGCACCCUGGAGGUCAGACAGAGGACUCUGACACUUUUUCAGCAGGCUGCCCGCAAGGUCCUGAUCCGCUGUCGCACGAGCAACAGGCUUUUGUCCCUGAGGAAGCUGGUCCAGAACAUGAAGAGAGGGUUCAGUAGCAUCACAUGCUCAGCAGAUGAUGAGGAGCCCCUGCCUCUAAAAAUGUCCCGGGACAACCUCCACCCCUUCUCCUUUCCGACCUAUACCCCUCCCGUUCAAGUGGAUGAAAUUGCUCCUCAAGCUCUGGGCCCAGUCGCUGUGAGGCCCGUCCAGGUCCAGAUCAAAUCCCACAUCCCCUUCUUUAAGCUCAAGGUUCCACAGCACUGGAGGCUGAUGGGCUACCAGCAUGUAUCUGCUUUCGAGGCUUUGGGGGGCUUCGCUCCCCGUACCCUGGCCCGACCGCUGCGAACAGGAGCUGAGGAUGAACUCCUGCCCUCGGUGAUUGCACCUUCCUCGGAGAGCGGCAUCCCAGAGUCAGAGAGCCUGGAGCAGACCCAGCUGAACCAGGAGGUGGACCUGGGAGAGACCUGCGUCCUAAGCUUCAGUGCCCCCCCUGGCCUGCUGCGGGCACCACAUGCACAUCCCCUCAGAAUCUUUAACCCCGCCCCAGGCCUGCAUGCCUUCAAACAGUGCCCCCGAUACCUCGAGUGUGACCCUGAGUUCCACCUGUGCCCCCUCCCAAGGUACACUGUCGCUAAGGGAAGCGUCGUCGGGGUCCAUGCCCCCAGCACACAGAGGAAGUUCCUGGACCGAACGGAAGUAAUCCGAGGGGUGAUGACAUGGAAGAAGCACCAGUCUGCUGCUUUGUCCAUUCUGGCCAGCCCUGCAACUGUAACCAGCACCUGGGUACCGCGCAUGUCGGAUCCUUUUAAUGGUGAUCUGCUGCCUGCCACGGCGCCUCCUCCUCUACACGACCUACCUGAGGAGCUGAGGGGGGAUCUGCUGGACGGCCAGUCUGACAGCAUGGGAGUGACUCUCACCCCGGAGAUGCUGAGGGUGGAGUUUACCCUGCUGGAGAGCGCUCUGCCCGCACAGGAGAAAAGAAAAAUCGGAGAAGACAACAGAGAUGUAAGAGAGCAACAGCUGGAGCAAGACCUGAGGCCUGGGCCCACUAACCUUGGCUCCAGGGUGCAGGAGAGGCUGGGGGAGAUGAAGGUCCUGGCAGAGACUGACUUCCUCAGAAAAUGA